AUGGAGAAUCCAGUCCAAGAAAUCGCCGCCGUCAUCAACACCCUCACCAAGGGCUCGCCGCAGCAGCAGCAAGACACGCUCAAUACGUAUUUUCUCUCCAACGCCACCUUCAUCCAUCCCUUUUGUCGCGUCCCGUCCAUCUCCAAGGGCUCCAUUCCGCUGGCCAGGGAUCUGGACUCGCGCUGGCUCAUCCUGGGAAUCUAUCGCUGGUAUCGCACGCUGAGCCCGAAAAUUGAGCUCACCGUCGAUUCAUCCGUCUUCGAUCAGCGCAACAACACCCUCUACGUCUCCAUCCGCCAGACAUUUUCCAUCUGGUUCGUCCCCUUCCACAGCUCAUCCGUCAAGCUUCUCUCCGUCCUGCGCCUCACCCAAGGAUCCUCGUCUGAGCCGGGCCAAUUGGCGCCGAAAUACCAACCCGACGGUCGAAACUCGUCUGCUCUGGCGGGCCCGGGACAGGAGAGGCUGAGAUACUACAUUGCCAGCCAGGAGGAUUUGUACCAGACAAACGACUUUGUGGCCUUUGUUCUGCCGUAUCUGGGGCCGCUGCUGGUGUUUCUGUGGCAGCUGUAUGCCACGGGUGUGACUGUGGUUUGCUCCAUCUUGUUUCUACCGCUGUAUUAUUUCAUCAACAGCAGGCAAGCAAAAAUUACAAGACAGGAGUAA